AAUAACCGAUUCCUUGGAGGCAUUUUUGUGUUACGCAGAAGCCUUUUAUAAUCAAAAUGAGGCACAUAAAGCCGGGUAUCAAUAUGCAGCAUUUUUGAACCCGGAAGUUUAUUUUGAAAGUGUAUAUGAAAGUUUAAAGGCUCAACCGCCUAAAUUAAUUGGAAUGUUCAAAUACGUUCACGCAACAACAAACAAGAUAUAUUAUGAUCGGAAACGAGAACGAUGUAUCCAGCUUCUUGGUGAACAUCAUGUGACUUUUUUCAAGAAGCUGGAAGAUGAUCCAUUUGGGGGUACAGAAAUUCAAGUGGAAUACGAUCGGUCUGUUUCAUCUGUUACUAAAGAUAUUAAAUUCUGUAAUAAGAAGAUCUAUGAAACAAUCUUAUUAUUCGAAGCAGCCAAAGAAUAUACCGGGGAUGAAGAUCUUGACAUAGAUGAUAGUUUAAAAGCUAGAGUCUAUGCUCAAGAUCAACUAAAUUCGUGGAGG